AUGGGUGAAGUUGUCCUGGUGCUCACCGUGUUUUGCACGACCAGCUCGGCUGCCAUCAAUCCGGUUAAGGAACGUCUUGUAGACGUUGUGGCGAACAUCAACGUUCCGAAUACUACCCGCGACCUCAACCAAUAUGAGGAUCUCCAACCCAUUGUCGAGGGAUUCAUGAAAAGGAUGACGCGAGAGAUGUAUCCUCUGUUCGAAGAUAUCCUGUUCGACCCAGAGAUCCCCGCCGAGUGCGGGGCUGCCUUCCAGAAGAUCAUGCAAGGGAUGCAAUCUUUCCAGUUUUGGGCAUACAGAUUCGUGCGAUCUUCGGGUGGUCUGCCAACGGCUUUGGAUGGUAAAUCAGCUGAUCUGGGCGACUACGAUUCGUGCCUCGCGGCGGAGGCGAAGAACAGCAACGGGGAGAUUUUAUUCACGGGUCGAUAUUGCACGCUCUUCUUGUCGAUAGAUAAUGUUUUCGUGCACAAGAUCAUCAAGGAUGCGAUUUCGAGCUACAGUGAGAUAAUUGAUUAUCUUGGGAACAGCACGACGUCGCUCGAUGAUUUCUUGAGGCUAAUGAACAACAGGAUAGGAGUGUGCGUGCCAUCUACAUGUCGUGGAGAGGAUCUCGAAUACGUCGUGCAGAAACUCGGAGGGAAAUACGGAUUCCAACCAUGGGUGCCCGCCUGCCGAGCGUUGUCCGAGGAUCCGCCCCUGUCAGCUUUCCAGAUCGGAGUGAUAAUCGUGACUUCAGUGCUCGUCAUCCUGACGAUAGUAGGAAUCUUCGCAGGGCGGAGAUUGGAAGAUUUGGGAGACGUCAGAGGGAAAACUGUUACUAAAAUAUUCUACAAAGUUCUGCAUGCAUUCUCCCUGGAGCGAAACUUGCGAAUUAUAUUCCGCACCGAUGUCUCAGCCGACGUCAAGCAUUUGACUUGUGUACACGGCCUGCGAGCUAUCAGUGCCUUCUAUAUCCUCUACGCUCACUCCUAUCUCGUGUCGGAUCCUUCGGCUCAAGGGAACCCGAUGCAGAUUUUCAGAUGGAUCCGAUACGAUAUCACAAUGCUCCCUGUCUACAUGGGCUUCUACGUAGUCGACACUUUCUUCUGCAUUGCGGGCCUGAUGACGUAUCGAUCGUUAAAGCAGGAACUCAGUAAGGAAUAUGCCGCCUCGGUUCCUCUCAUCGUCUUCGUGACUCUGAUCCGACGGUGGAUCCGGCUCAGUAUUCCGGCAGUGUUCCUGGUCGCAUUCUACAUGUUAUAUCCUGCGCUCCUCUCGGGACCGGGGAAAGAUCUCACAUUGAGUUUCUUCGUGGAUAACUGUGCUCGGAACUGGUGGUCGAUACCGGCAAUGGUCGGGAACUUUUUUGGUCUCAAACAAUGUAUCCUCCAUCUCUGGUACGUUCCAGCGGACUUCCAAGCCACGGCUAUCGUCGUCAUUCCAGUCAUCCUCCUGAUCAGAGGAAGAUACCGGCUCACAGGGAGCAUCCUCUUGAUCGUUGUGGGAACGUUCUCGUGUGUUUUCAUUUCCGUGCAUACGUGGCUCUAUGAGUUGCCUCCUUUUGUGAUUCUCCUGCCGAACAUCGUUCGCAAGGUUCCGUAUCUCCUCUUCGGUCUUUACAACAACUCCUUGAGUCAUUUGAUGAGCACUGUCAUUGGGGUUUUCCUGGGACAUUUCAUCGAUAAGCAGAGGACAGAAAAACCGAGAAAAUACACCCGCUCAAGUCUGUUGAGGAUUUGGCUCUUCAUAUCAAUCUUGGCCACCAUCAACUACUUUCUACCCUUCUACUGGCAAACUGGCGGAGACUUCGUUAAUGUUUGGGCUGCCCUCUACGCUGGUUUUAGCCGAGUCAUUUGGUGCUCGUUCAUCGGGUGGCUCAUUUUCGUGUGCGCCACGGGCAAUGGAGGCAUCGUGAACCGGAUAUUGACGUCGAAAGUCUUCAUACCCCUCUCAAGAGUAUCGUAUUCGUUUUACUUGCUUCACGUUCUGGUCAUGGGAGCUAAGGUGUACCACCAGCGGAACCUUACGGAAGCUCGUCAUUACCUUCAGGCAAUGACGACGGUCGGUGAUUUUGGACAAUCCUUCUUCUUCGCCGUAAUAUUCUUCUGCUUGGUGGAAGCCCCUACAACUCACAUAGAAAAGAUGGUGUACCUCCGAAUUUGUGAAUAUGUAGAGCCCCGAGGACGAGCUAGGGCUACUCCUCCCAUAGAGGAGCCCUCAAAGUCCAGGGAGGCGAGUAAAACCAUCGAAAAGUACCGACUAUGA